UCUUUUUUUUUCAAAUAUGCGUCGUCCAACAAAAUCCAAGAAUUCUGCCUAAAAACUCUUUCGACUUCUUCUCCAUAAAACAAGAUUAAUCUUUUUCUUUGUCUCUCUCGGUUCUAAAAGGGUAGUUUUCUUCGCUCUUAGCUGGUUCUUGGACGCGAAUUCCCAAGUGGGUUUGGUUUGGUGCCCAAGAAAAUGUCGACCCAGAACCGCCGUUCGUCGUUUUCGUCGUCGACGACGUCGUCGUUGGCCAAACGACACGCUUCUUCGUCGUCGUCGGAGAACGUGGGGAAUAAUAACAGUAAGGCCACAGCUGUGCCGCCGCAUUUGGCGAAGAAGCGGGCGCCUCUCGGCAACAUCACUAAUCGGAGUAAUGCCGUCUCUCAAAACGCCUCACGGACCGCCGUUCCACCUUCCACUUUGGUACCAUGUGCAACAACUAAGAUUGCCAAAGUGAAAAAGGGUCCUCUGGCCUGCACUAGUACUAAUUCGUCCUUGAAUGUCAAAACAAAUAUAAUUGUUCCUUCUAAGGUGACUUCUUCUCUCCCAAGAAGUGAUGAAACUCUGCCUAGAACGGUUGCUGUUCCUGCCCCGUGCAGCAUGGACAUGUCUCCGAGUAAGUCUGAUGAUGUCUCGGUUUCCUUGGAUGAGACGAUGUCUACUUGUGAUUCCUUCAAGUCUCCGGAAGUUGAAUAUGUUGACAAUAAUGAUGCCCCGGCAGUUGAUUCUAUCAACCGCAAGACAUUCAGCAACCUAUAUAUUUCAGAUCAUUCAGAAACAACAGGGAAUGUCUGCAGUAGAGAUGUAUUAGUGGAAAUGGAAGUAGAUGAUAAAGUUGUUGAUGUUGAUAACGAUUACACGGACCCUCAACUUUGUGCAACCAUUGCUUGUGAUAUUUACCAGCAUUUGCGUGCAUCUGAGGUAAAGAAAAGGCCUUCUACAGAUUUCAUGGAGAAAACUCAGAAAGACGUGAAUCCAAGCAUGCGGGCAAUUCUAAUUGAUUGGCUUGUGGAGGUGGCUGAAGAGUACAGGCUUGUACCUGAUACAUUGUACUUGACCGUGAAUUACAUCGACCGAUAUCUCUCUGGGAAUGUGAUGAAUAGGCAACGGUUACAGUUGCUUGGUGUAGCCUGCAUGAUGAUUGCAUCAAAAUACGAGGAGAUUUGCGCACCCCAGGUCGAAGAAUUUUGUUACAUAACUGAUAACACCUAUUUCAAGGAAGAGGUUUUGCAAAUGGAAUCCUCUGUUUUGAAUUACUUGAAGUUUGAAUUGACAGCCCCAACAACCAAAUGUUUCUUAAGGAGAUUUGUCCGAGCUGCUCAAGGGAUCAAUGAGGUCCCAUCAAUGCAGUUGGAGUGCUUGGCUAACUACCUUGCAGAACUAUCUCUUCUAGAGUACAGUAUGCUUUGUUACGCUCCGUCGCUUAUUGCAGCUUCAGCAAUUUUCUUGGCCAAUUUUAUUCUUCUCCCCUCAAAGCGGCCUUGGAAUUCCACCUUGCAACACUACACAUUAUACAGGCCAGCAGAUUUGUGUAAGUGUGUCAAGGAUCUCCAUCGCCUAUGCUCUAACAACCACAAUUCAAGUUUACCUGCUAUCAGGGAGAAAUACAGCCAACAUAAGUACAAGUAUGUGGCGAAGAAGUACGUCCCUCCUAUGAUCCCUCCAGAGUUUUUCCACAAUUGAAGAAAGCAAUGCCACAAUGGAUACUUAAGUUGGUACACCAACCACAAUGGGCAUUACUUUUGUAAUUCUGAUUGGUGGCUGGUUCUGAUUCCAUGCAAUAGAAAUGGAAUUCAAUUUUCUACUAAAUUGUACAUUUUUGUUUUCCUUUUUC